AUUCGCAUGCAAAGGCGGGUGGUUUAGAAGCCAAGAAAAUGGGACGGAGCAUUGGGAUGAACCAAUCAGCUACCAUUUUGAGAUAUUAGAGAAAUACGUAUAAGAAGUAGUAGAGAGCCAGAUCUCAUAUUCAAACAGCAAUAGAGCAAUCAUGAAAGCACAAAUCGUUCUCUUUAUUGCAGGAAUUGCCUCAACUGCUUCCGCAGUGACAGCCGUGAAGCCCUACUCGCAAUGGAUGGCUGACUCGUUCAUCGCUCGAGGCGUGGCGAAGGAGAAGUCGUAUACCUUUCCAACACUCUAUCGUGGAUUCGAGAUGGUGUAUAAUGCGACGCGCAACACCAAGUACUCUACCUUCGUUCAGACGCAGGUUGACGCAGUAUUAACGGACAAUGCAACCUCACCACUGAUCGGGUGGAACUUUGGCAGGUCGCACCUCGACGAUAUCAAGAUUGGCAGUAGCAUACUCGAUCUGUAUGCGAGGACCAAACAGGCAAAAUAUAAGACUGCGGCGGAUUUUCUGCGGCAAAGAUUGAACCUGCAUCCAAGGACUGCCUCUGGAGGGUUCUGGCACAAGAUUCCGGAGUAUCCCAACCAGAUGUGGCUUGAUGGUCUGUUUAUGCAGAGUGACUUCUACGCUCGAUACACGUCGUUCUUCGAUUCCAGUAAUGUUACUGCCUGGAACGAUAUUGUACACCAGUUCGAGCUGAUUGAGGAGCACACGCGCGACCCAGAAAGUGGACUGCUCUUCCACGGCUAUGACGAAAGCAAGGUCGCAGUUUGGGCUGAUCCAGUGACUGGAGCAUGCCCACACAUUUGGGACAGAGCAGUUGGCUGGUACGCUAUGGCACUACUUGAUGUCCUGGACUAUUUGCCGAAGUCAAACCCAGGUUACGCAAAGUUAAAGGGAUACUUCACAACCCUCGCAGCCGCUAUCAUUGAAUCGCAGGACAGUGCCACAGGCGGAUGGUGGUUGGUGAUGGAUGAGCCAUAUCCUGGACAGGCUGGAAAUUACAUCGAGUCCAGCGGUGUUUCCAUGUUUACAUACAGCAUGUUAAAGGGAAUCCGUAAAGGCUUUCUCCCGAAGUCCACAUAUGAGGCGCCAGCACGUAGGGCUUACCAGCUAAUGCUCGACAAAUUCGUUACAAAUAGCGGAGUCAAUAAUACGCUGAAUUGGGAAGGGACCGUGGAAGUUGGGAGUUUGGGUGGUAAUGGUACGUACGAGUACUACAUCGCUCAAAAGAUUGCACAGAAUGAUUUCAAGGGGGCGGGCCCCUUCAUAUAUGCCUCGAUAGAGCUUGAAAAGCUUGAUGCCUAAGGUGUGCCUUAAGUUGUCCGGAGGGAAGCAAAUUGUUGUGUCCUGCUUUUCAUCGAUCAUUCUCCUGCUUGUAGCAGUAUUUGAUAU